AUGGCAGUGUGUUUAGUGGGUGGGGCUAAAAGGUUCGAACUCUCCUUCCAUAUUCGAGAAUAUUCAAAAGGAAGAGAAGGUGAAGGAGAAGAGUGGAAAGAUAAAGACAUGGACUGUAAUGUCAGCGUCGUUUCCUCAGUACGUGGCAAAAGCAAUAACGGAGCCGUUGUUGGAUCCUUCCGACGUGAAAUUGAGGAAGGAGGGGUUGACAGUGAAACACCCGAUGAUUUUUGUGCCUGGAAUCGUCACCGGUUGGUUGGAACUUUAGGAGGAUCGUCAGUUUGUCGAUGGAUUGUUCAGGAAGAGGUGAGACCCAUGAACUCCACCAUGCCUUCCAAACCUUUGGAUCUUCUUUUCUUCAUCCUCGUUAUCUCUUUCAAUUUCCCAAUCACAGAAUCACAGGAAGCUCCUUUUGUUUUUCAAUUUUGCCCAGAAAUUUUAUACACAGUGAACAGCACCUAUCAAUCAAACCUCAUGACCCUCCUUUCAUCCCUAUCCUCCAAUGCCGCCACGACAACCUUCUACAACACCACAGUUAAAACUCCAUCCGAAACAAUUUACGGUCUCUUCAUGUGCCGAGGAGACGUACCCGUUAACCUCUGCAAACAAUGCAUCUUAAACGCAACCCACAGGCUCUCAUCCUCAGACUCACAAUGCUACCUCUCCAAGCAGGCCAUAAUCUGGUACGACGAGUGCAUGGUUCGCUACUCCAGCACCUCUUUCUUCUCCGAUCCCCAAACAGUUCCCGAAUUUUACUCAUGGAACAUGGCCAAAAUCUCUAACACCAGUAAUUUCAUGAAUUUGUUGGUGGACACAAUGAAACAAACUUCAAAUUGCGCAGCGAGUUCUCCACUUGGGAACAGAUACGCCACAAACGAAGCAAACAUUUCCGAAAUUCAAACCCUAUAUUGUCUCGCUCAAUGCACGCAAGAUCUCUCACCCCAAGAUUGCUCAAAUUGUCUCGCAAAAGCAACAUCUUUACUUAGAUUUUGCUGCGAAGAUAAACAAGGAGGAAGGGUUCUGUUUCCUAGUUGCAACAUUAGGUAUGAAUUAUAUCCUUUCUAUCGUGUUACUUCAAAACAAUUAGGACCCGUUCCAGAAACUAAAUAUUCACAAAACGAUUCGGCUUGUUCUCAAGUUCCUGCGUAUAUUUCCCAUAACUGUUCAACCAAUGAAAACGACAUGGCGUUUAAACCAAACCGAAGCACACUCCUUUACUACAUGUCCCGCAACGCUACUAACGCCACUGAGUUUCAAACCAAAGUGGGAACGAUGAACGGUCUCUUCAUGUGCCGCGGCGACAUGACUCGUAGUUUAUGCAAACAGUGUGUUGAAAACGCAAUCGAUAAAGUGAGCGUGGUGUGUGAUUUGUCAAGCGAGGCUAUAGUUUGGUACAAUGAUUGCUUGGUUCGGUACUCGAAUCGGUCGUUUUUGUCGAGAGUGGAAACGAGUCCAAGGGUUGUGAAGUUGAAUGUGACGAAUCCAGAGGCAAUUAACAGCUACUCGUUUGCGUUUACGUUGUCAACUAAGUUGGCAGAUAUGGCGAAUGAAACAGGGGAUAGCAUUGACAGGUACAAAACGGGAACGUUGAAAUUGAAUGAGAACCAAACGUUGUACAUUGUCGCUCAGUGCACAAGGGAUUUGUCGAGUAGCGAUUGUGGUGGGUGUUUAAGCGAUGUGAUUGGAUCGGCGAUUCCCUGGUCGCGUUUGGGAAGUGUGGGUGGAAUGGUUUUGUAUCCAAGUUGUUAUCUCAGGUUUGACUUGUUCCAGUUUUACGCUCACUUUGACUUCCCCACGCACGCGCCAACUCAGCAACAAACAGAAAAAAGAGUAGUUCGGUCGCGAACAAUUAUCUGGAUUACUGUUUCUACCAUUGUUUCGGCUAUACUUUUUUCUUCUGGCUACUACUUGAAACGAAGAAAAGGAAGAAAGAAUUAUAAAACCGUUCUCAAAGAAAACUUUGGACAUGAAAGCACCGUUUUGGAGCCAUUGCAAUUCGAUUUGACUACAAUUGAAGCAGCAACAAAUAACUUUUCACUUGAGAAUAAGAUUGGCAAAGGAGGAUUUGGAGAAGUUUAUAAGGGUAUUCUUGAUGAUGGAAGACAUAUAGCUGUAAAGAGACUCUCAAAAUCUUCAAAGCAAGGUGCAGAGGAGUUCAAAAAUGAGAUUCUUUUAAUAGCCAAACUUCAACAUAGAAAUUUAGUGGCUUUCAUAGGAUUUUGCCUUGAAGAACAAGAGAAAAUACUUAUCUACGAAUACGUGACAAAUAAAAGUCUCGAUUACAUUUUAUUUGAUACUCAACAACAAAAUUUGUUAAGUUGGAAUGAGCGUUACAAAAUUAUAGGAGGAAUUGCUCGAGGAAUUCUUUAUUUACAUGAAUAUUCUCGACUUAAAGUUAUACACCGUGAUCUUAAACCUAGUAAUAUAUUAUUAGAUGAAAAUAUGAAUCCAAAAAUUUCAGAUUUUGGUCUUGCUAGAAUUGUUGAAAUAGAUCAACACGAAGGAAGUACAAACAGAAUUGUUGGAACAUAUGGCUACAUGUCUCCAGAAUAUGCAAUGCUUGGCCAAUUUUCUGAGAAAUCAGAUGUUUUUAGUUUUGGAGUUAUGAUUCUAGAAAUAAUUACUGGAAAAAAGAAUAUAGCUUCUUAUGAUUCAUCCCGUAUUGCUGAUGGUCUCCUAAGUUUUGUUUGGAGAGAGUGGAGGAAACAAACACCAUUGAACAUAGUAGACCCAAAAUUGAGAGAAAAUUAUUCUAAAUUUGAAGCCAUUAAGUGCAUUCAGAUAGGUUUACUAUGUGUUCAAGAAAAUCCAGAUGCUAGACCAACAAUAUUGGCAAUUGUUUCAUAUCUCAGCAGUCACUCAAUUGAAUUACCAUCUCCACAAGAGCCAGCAUUUAUCUUGCACAAUAAAAUGGAUUCAAAAAUAGUUACACAUGAAUCAUGUUCUAGUCAAUCUGCCAAUAACUCCAUACCACUCUCUGUUAAUGAAAUGUCUAUAAGUGAAUUUUAUCCUCGAUAG